UCUAAUUUUUUCAUGAUAAAUGUGACUGUGGUAAUUUUAUAAAAACAAUUAUUUAAUAUUUUAUAAGAUGAGUGAAGAAGCUAAAAUUGAAGCCAAUGCAGUACCCAAAGAUGUCGAGAAAGCGGAAGAAUAUAAAUCACAAGCGAACGAAUUUUUUAAAAAACAGGAUUAUAAUUCGGCGAUAGAUUUGUACUCGAAAGCAAUUGAGGCUAAUCCGACUGUAGCAAUAUAUUAUGCUAAUCGAAGUCUUGCGUAUUUGAGAACAGAGAGUUUUGGAUAUGCCCUGUCCGAUGCUUCUAAAGCCAUUGAACUGGACAAAACUUAUAUUAAAGGUUACUACCGUAAAGCUGCUGCUCAUAUGUCUCUAGGAAAAUUCAAGCUGGCAUUGAAGGAUUUUGAAUAUGUAACCAAAGUAAGGCCUAAUGAUAAAGAUGCAAAAGCAAAGUACUCUGAAUGUAAUAAAAUUGUAAGAAAAAUGGCAUUUGAAAAAGCUAUAUCAGUAGAUGAUAAGAAGAAAAAUGUAGCAGAUUCCAUAAAUUUAGAUGCUAUGACUAUAGAAAACGAUUAUAAAGGACCAGAGUUAGAGGAUGGCAAGGUUACAUUAAAAUUCAUGAUUGACUUAAUGAACAUGUAUGAGAGGCAAGGUACUUUACAUAGAAAAUAUGCAUAUAAGAUACUGAAAGAUAUAAAGGCAUACUUUAUGACUCAACCAUCUCUGGUAGAAGUUCCAAUUGGUGAUGAAGAGACAUUUACAGUAUGUGGAGAUAUUCAUGGGCAAUAUUAUGAUUUGCUGAAUAUUUUCAAGUUGAAUGGUCUACCUUCAGAAACAAAUCCUUUUCUGUUUAAUGGCGACUUUGUGGACAGGGGCUCCUUUUCAGUGGAAUGCAUUUUCACACUUUUUGGUUUUAAAUUAUUAUAUCCCAACCACUUCUUUAUGUCCAGAGGCAAUCAUGAGAGUUCCAUAAUGAAUGAAAUGUAUGGAUUUGAUGGUGAAGUUAAAGCCAAGUAUAGUGCUCAAAUGGCUGAACUGUUUACUGAAGUUUACAAUUGGUUACCACUGGCACACUGUUUAAAUAAGAGGGUUUUGGUCAUGCAUGGUGGACUGUUUUCGCGUGACGACGUAACGUUGGACGAGAUCAGAAAGAUCGAUCGCAACCGUCAGCCUCCGGAUGAGGGUCCGAUGUGCGAACUUCUUUGGUCCGAUCCCCAACCCCAGAACGGCCGUAGCGACAGCAAGCGUGGUAUAGGCUGCCAGUUUGGACCCGACGUUACGCAGAAGUUCCUCCAGCUCAACAAGCUUGACUACAUCAUCCGUAGUCACGAGGUCAAGAAAGACGGGUACGAGGUAGCGCACAACGGCAAGUGUAUCACCGUCUUCUCCGCGCCCAAUUACUGUGAUUCCAUGGGUAACAAAGGUGCAUUUAUAAAAUUGAAAGGCAAAGAUAUGGUACCAAAGUAUACAACAUAUGAGGCUGUGCCGCACCCCAAUGUUAAACCAAUGGCAUAUGCAAAUUCUUUUCUGUCAAUGAUGUGCUAGUACCUGCCUUUUCAAAUGUAGUUGAAUUUUUAUAGAUUUUUUAAAUAUUUUUCAAUCAGUUUAGUCUAAACAAUCUACCUUUUAUUGAAUUUUUGUUGUAGUUUUACAAUAAAAAUAUAAUUUAGUUAAAUUUUUCAAUUGUUAUUUUAUAAUGUAUUACCACAAGAAAGAACAACUUAGGAAUAUUGAAUAAAGUAUUUAUAUAUG